UCAGUUCCAGAACCCGCGCACACUGCGGAGACUGAGUCACCAACUGCCGCCGCGGGCCGGAAGUCACCGCCACCUCUCACCGCUGGAGAAAGGUUUCCUGUGAGCCAGGGAGCGCGUACGGACUACGACUCCCGGUAUGCUCCGCGGCCGCCGCAGUUAACCCUUCAGGGACCAGAGGAGCCCUGCGUCUCGCCCCCGCCCCUUCCUAGCACCCGGCAAGAGAUGGGUGCUCCCGUCGGCACACUGUCCUUUGGCCACCUGACAUCAUGCCUCCCAAGAAGGAUGUUCCUGUGAAGAAACCAGCAGGGCCCCCCAUCUCUAAGCCUGCUGCCAAGUCUGCAGCAGGGACCCCUUCAGCCAAGACCAAGGCUGAGCCAGCUGCCCCCCAGGCCCCUGCAAAAACCCAGGAGCCCCCUGUUGAUCUCUCCAAAGUCGUGAUCGAGUUUAACAAGGACCAGCUGGAGGAGUUCAAGGAGGCCUUUGAGCUGUUUGACCGAACAGGUGAUGGCAAGAUCCUGUACAGCCAAUGUGGGGACCUGAUGAGGGCCCUGGGCCAGAACCCCACCAACGCCGAGGUGCUCAAGGUCCUGGGGAACCCCAAGAGCGAUGAGCUGAAGUCCCGACGCGUGGACUUUGAGACGUUCCUGCCUAUGCUCCAAGCAGUGGCCAAGAACCGGGACCAAGGCACAUAUGAGGACUACCUGGAGGGGCUCCGUGUGUUUGACAAAGAGGGCAAUGGCAAAGUCAUGGGAGCGGAGCUCAGACAUGUUCUUACCACCCUGGGAGAGAAGAUGACUGAGGAAGAGGUGGAGACUGUCCUAGCAGGCCACGAGGACAGCAACGGCUGUAUCAACUACGAGGUCCUCUCACCCCCUCUCGUGCAGCCUUCCUGAAGCACAUCCUAAGCCUCUGAGCUCCCCCGCUAGUGUCGUUCUGAGGCUCCUCAACCAACCAGACAAGAGCAGGCAGUGCGUUUUCCCGAUCUGUGCAGCUCAAGCCGGACAACUUUCUUUUCCCCACACAGACCCAGCCGGGUCGGAUACUUACCCCACUUACCCCACCUCCCAGGCGGCUAGGAGCGCAUUCCUGCCACUAGGCGGCACUUACAGUUUUGAAAUAAAAACAUGGUUCCUGC